CUGUUGCCGCAUGACACAACAACACUCAGCACUUUAGCAGACUCAGAAUAAUGUAGACAUUAUACUAAAACAACACACAAAAAAAAAUACGGUUUUUGGAGAGUUUCGGUUUAGUAAAGUUUUUCAUUUCCGACACAAUAAACCAUACAUAACAGCCCUCAGUGUAUGCCAGUCGUCUUUUGCUUCAUUCUGAAUUUCUGAACACUGCUGUUCGUUGAUUUUUGGUUGUUUAAAAAGUUACGUUUACGGAGUAAUUGUGCGCAUUUUAAUUCUUCCACAGUUUUCAGAGAGUGAUUUAUUCAAGAGUCGGUUAUCUCUUGUUGUUGUCUUGUUCAUUCGGAGUAGGGUAAAAGAGGGUGGAUUUUAAUUCGAAUUUCGUAUCAUCAAAACAAAAUAAUUCUCAAUUCAUACACAUAGAUACAAUUUGUUGUUAUUCGUGAUGGGGUUUUGUAUUGUUCGCGGGUGUAAAUCGCGAUCAGACAGCAAUAAUCGUGGAACAAAAUUUCAUGUUAUGCCAAGGAUUGCUGAAAUAAGAGAGAAAUGGAUUGCGGCUAUUGGACGUUCGACAAUACCGAAAAGUGGAAGUGUGUGCAGUAAGCAUUUUUUACCAGAAGAUUACCAGAUGUCACGCUCAGGUUGCUCUGAAAGUCUUUUGAAAACUGCAAUUCCUUCUCUAAACUUAAUACCAACAUUCGAUAUUGAAGAUGGAAAUGAAGAUCAGUUUUUCGAGGAUGAUGCACAUGAUAAUGAUGAUGCUGGGUUAGACGAUUAUGUGAGUACGAUUUAA